UGGGAAAGCUUUCUUCUUCUUCUUUUUUUUUUCCUAAACCAAACUUGGUUUCUGUUGUAGGCGGUGCAUUCCCUAGUGGGGCGGGGCCCAGUGUGUUGUGGAGGGGGAGGGGAGAGGCCAGGGGGAGGAGUAGGCAGUGAUUAAUGCACCCACUGUGAGAGCUUGCCUCCUAUUUAAUGGAGGGUCUCUCUGCCCAGGGGGAGUCAGAGCCGUCUCUGGACAGAGCCAUCUCUGGACCAGCAGGAGGAUGGCAGAGAAUCUGGGGCUGGGCUUCGGGGAAACAGCCAGUGUGGAAAUGCUGCCCGACGAAGGCAGCUGCACGCCCAAAACCAGAGCCAGGCUGGCAGCCAGGAGCAGCGCACACUGGGCCCUCACCUGCUGCCUGGUGUCGCUCCCCAUCCUGGCAGGACUUACCACCUACCUACUCGUGGGCCAGCUCCGGGCCCAAGGAGAUGCCUGUGUGUUCCAGACUUCAAAAGGACUAGAAUUUGGAUCUUCACAUCAGCGAGCUUAUGCAUCUACCGGAGCUGGUGGAGAUAAGCCAAGGGCACAUCUGACAGUUGUCAGACAAAGUCCCACACAGUCCUCGAAAAAUCAGUUUCCGGCUCUGCGCUGGGAACAUGAACUCGGCUUGGCCUUUACCAAGAACCGGAUGAACUAUACAAAUAAAUUCCUAGUGAUCCCAGAGUCGGGAGACUACUUUGUUUACUCCCAGGUCACAUUCCGGGGGACCAAAUCUGAGUGUGGUGAAAUCCGCCAAGGGAGCCGACCGAACAAGCCAGACUCCAUCAUCGUAGUCAUUACCAAGGUAACAGACAGCUACCCUGAGCCGACCCAGCUCCUAAUGGGGACCAAGUCAGUGUGCGAAGUAGGCAGCAACUGGUUCCAACCCAUCUACCUAGGGGCCAUGUUCUCCUUGCAGGAAGGGGACAAGCUGAUGGUGAACGUCAGUGACAUCUCUUUGGUGGAUUACACGAAAGAAGAUAAAACUUUCUUUGGAGCCUUCUUGCUGUAG